UCCUGUUCUCUCACUCUUCAGACGGAUGUUACCACUGUCCCUCCAGUCCCAACGCCCUCACGCUUGGACGCUCCUUCCCAACAAGAAAGUCUUCAGGGUCGACGGCAACCCCCCCAGCUUGGGAACGUCUAAUAUGGCACAGUUAGGAUUCCCCAUCCUCCCCAUUCUCCUGGGUUUGACCUGGCCUCAGUUGGGAGCUGCCCAAGGUGCAAACGAUUGUGGCCACUGCUUUCGGAUCGAUCCCGGCACCAUUGCAGGAGUCGUGCUGGGAGACUUGUUCCUGACUUUGCUCAUUGCUCUCGGAGUCUACUACGUGGUCAGCUGUAUCUAUAAGCAGCAAGCAACCAGCAGCGACAAGGCUCAGCAUGAAUCUCCCUAUGAGGAACUUCAAGGGCAGCGAAUGGAUAUAUACAGCGACUUGAAAAAUCCAGGUUCCCGAAUUGCUUACAGAUAAUCUUCCUCCACUUCCUUGACCUUCUAACAUUAAAUAAGAAAUUCUGAGAUUGAAGUCAUUUUCGGAAGAUCAGCUCCACUGUUGUGUGCAAGCUUUCCACUGUGAAGUUCUACCUGAUGGCUUUCCCUAUAUAAACAUCUUGCACUUCAAUCAACAUUUAGUCUAUUUUCAAAACUGUCUGUGUCUCCCACGACCCAUACUUGCUACUCUUUUAAUAAGUGUGUCACCUAGGGUCACUUGGGCAAUGGAGGUGGCUUAUAAAUUGAACAAAUAAGUAAAUAAAAUUAGACACAUUUAGGACUCAGUGGCUAAGAUGCUGAGCUUGUCCAGGGGUGAAAUGUUACCAGUUCGGAACGGUUCGAGUGAACUGGUAGUUUAAAAAAUGCUACCAGUUCAGGCGAACCAGUAUUUCUGAUGAUCAACUGGGUGACGAUCAGCUGUGACGUGUGAUUUAUAUUAGCUAGAAUCGUCUGAUUUCCUGCUUUCUACUGUAACUAAUCUAAAUCGCGUGGCGCAGUGGAUUCCCUCCCCCCGCUGCUCUACUUACCUUCAAAAUUUUCCUUUUUUAGCGCUGCGCGUGUGCGCCUCAAGUGCACAUGCGCGCGAAGCACGUCCUUGGUAGCAGACUCACAGAACCAGUAGCAGACUUCAGAGGAUUUCACCCCUGAGCUUGUCAAUCAGAAAGGUCAGCAGUUUGGUGGUUCAAAUCCUUAGUCCAGGUCUCCUUUGUUAGCAGGGAGUUGGACCAGAUGACCUCUAUGGUCCCUUCCAACUCUGUUACUGUUAUUUAAUAAUAAUAAUAAUAUCAGAGUUGGAAGAGACCUUGGAGGUCUUGUAGUCCAACCUCCUGCCCAGGAAGGAAACCCUACACCAUUUCAGACAAAUAGUUAUCCAACAUUUUCUUAAAAAUUUCCAGUGUUGGAGCAUUUACAACUUCUGCAGGCAAGUUGUUCCACAUUAUUUACCUGAAUCACCCAUCUGUUCCACCCCACUGGUGGUCCUAUCAUUGAAAGAGUUCUUCGGGAAGUGUGAACUCACUGUUCUCCAAACAGAGCCAUGAUUUCUGCCCAGAUAGGGGAGCUGAAUGAUUAAAAAAUUUAGUCAAUAAAUAACAAAAAAAAAUCAAAGUAGACAGAUUCUGGCAUAGCCAUCGAGGCCAUGUCUCUCAUCAGACUCAAAGACCUAACUGAAUCUGAGUUGCCCCCAUAAUCAUAUAUCCAAAGAAGGCUGCCUGGAAGAUUUGGGGGAAUCUAUUUAUUAGGUUGUUGUUUUUCGUGGAGGCCUCUCAGUUCCUUUUUUUUUUUGCUCAAAAACAAAAGGGUUGAGUUCAAACACAGCCGCCUUGAAAUUUUGAGGAAAUUGAAAUGAAUAGGGUCUUAAAACCUCAUAUAUUUGAUUUGGAUGAAGUUCAUUAAAUUCACUUCCAAACCCAUAAUUUACACAAUUUUUUUAAAAAAGGUGUAGUCCUCUGGAACAGGGAUCUUUAAGCCUGGCGACUUUAAGCCUGGAGGACUUCAACUCCCAGAAUACCCCAGCCAGCAAAGCUGGCUGGGGAAUUCUGGAAGUUGAAGUCCACCAGGCUUAAAGUUGCCAAAGUUGGAGACCCCUGCUCUGGAAAGCCCAAAUGCUUGGUUGUUAUGGAAGAUGUACAAAUUGCUUUUACUAGUGCUAUUUGUUUAUUAACUUCUUCUAGUAUACACUGAGUUCCAGGGAGAAGCAUUUCCCCUAACUUGCUUUUAAUCUGAAAGACUAGAAAGUCAACUUUGGACUUCCAGCAUGCAAGCAGAUAUUCUAUCAACUAAGGAAAGAGAAUGUCUAAAACAAGGGGGUCCAACCCUGGCAACUUUAGGAUUUGUGGACUUUCAACUCCCAGAAUUCCCCCAGCCAGCAUGGCUGGCUGAGGAAUUCUGGGAGUUGAAGUCCACAAGUCUUAAAGUUCCUAAGGUUGGACAUCCCGGAUGUAAGAGAUUCUCGUUUCCUUUGCUUCCCAUUUAAGUGCAUGGCCGAGACCUUAGGCAUAUUGUUUAUGGAUUUGCUAUACUUUUAUUACCUUUUUUGCAUAUAAUUUGUGUAUAUUUUUUCACUGAGGGUUUUUUUUUUCCAUUCAAUAAAGUUUGCUUUGCUAUAA